AUGUCUGGACAUAGGAAAAUAUCUGAUGAAGAAAGAAAGCAUAUUAAACGUGACCGGGAACGAGAACGGAGGCGUAAAAUAAGAGAAGAUCCGGAAAAACGUGAGGAGCAGCGGGAAAAAGAGCAUCAGAAAUACUUGCGUCAACGAAAGAAUAAACAAAGGAAGCUUGUUUCGGAAAUGACAGAAAGAGAAAUUAGAUCGCAACGCAAGAAAUGGAGACAAUAUACAAAGUCUCACCGAGAUCGAUUAAGACUAAGAUCAUCCGAAAACGCACAUGUGCCAGACCAUUUAACGAAACAGUUAGAUGGAAGAAAGGAACAUGCAAUAAAGAAAAGUAAUAGAAUGAAACUUAAGCGACAUCGAGAAAAAAGAAAAAAUGAAGCUAAAAUAGCAGACCUUAAAAAAAAAGUUGGAAAGUGGAAGAAAAAGUAUUCUCGCCUAAAGAAGUCAAUGCAUCAAAAUAAAAAUGUUGCUCAACAAACUAGUUCCCCAUCAGUUUCACCUGGAACUAGAGUACAACAGAUCAUAGAAAGGUCUUCAAUACAACAAAAAAGAGUAGAUGGAAUUAAAAAACAACUUAUUUUUGGGGAGACCAUCAAGGACCAGCUGUCAGAGAGUUAUAAAUCGUUAAGCCCAAAAGAAAAGAAGGUAUUUAGGAAAAUAAUGGAUGGAAAAAUUAUUAAGAAGUACAAGCUUCAGCGAACGUGUUCCAAAGUUUUUCGAUAUACAAAAACAAGAGUAGUGGAAUACAGCCAUAGGAAUGUAGAUGUUAAGUAUCAGAAAAACCGAAGAGCAUCUGAAAAUAGGAAUAAAAUUGUGGCGUUCUUACAGGAAGAUGUUAAUAGCCGGAUUUGCCCCGGUAAGAAAGACUAUGUUACAAAGAAUAAAUUCACCUAUCAAAAAAGAUAUUUAACAAACACUUUGAAGAAUUUGUUCAAAGAGUUUUGUAAAAAAUACGCCGAUGUCAAGUACGAUCCUGGUAACGUUGUAUCAUAUAGUCAGUGGAAAAACAUAAAACAAACUUAUUUCAGCAAACGAUCACAAAACAACGUUACCAGUUUGAAAAGUGCUAAAAUUAUUCAAGAGAUAGAAAUAUCGGAUCUUUUGACCAAAUUUGAAGAUAGGUUGCCUCUUUUUUUGGCACACGAGGGACGCAUUUUUCACCAAUACAAAGCAAUCAAGACACUGAAACAGAACAUGACAAAUGAGGAAAUACUCAUUCACUGUGACUUUUCUGAGAAUUAUAAUCUAAAGUACGCAGAAGAAGUCCAGUCUUAUCAUUUUGGAGGAUCAAGGCAACAGAUUACGUUGCAUACUGUGGUAAUUUAUAGCCGAGCACACGAAAACGACUUGAAGGUUGACAGUUUUUGUACAUUAUCAGAGUCGUUGGAGCAUGGUCCCGGUGCCAUAUGGGCUCAUCUGUUUCCACUGAUCAAACUCUAUAUUGAUAAUAGGGUAAAAUUGUUGCAUUUUCUUAGCGACAGCCCCAGUACACAAUACCGCAACAAGAAAAUGUUUGCAUUCAUUACAAAUGGCAUCUAUAGCUACUUUCCGGAACUAAAAUCAAAUACCUGGAACUACCAUGAGGCCGGACAUGGUAAAGGUGCCCCGGACGGCAUUGGUGGAGUUUGUAAAAAGAGUGCAGACCGUACUGUUGCUCAGGGAUCUGAUGUGAGUUCUUUCAGCCAAUUGGUUGAAAUCCUGAAAGCCAACUGCUCAGGCAUAUCCUUUUUGGAGAUUCAUGCUUGUGAAAUUGAAAAAUUUUCAGAUGCUAUAAAUAAAGCUGAGGUUCUGCCAUUUAAAGGAACUUUGAAGGUUCGUCAAUAUGUUUAUUUGAUGAAUGCUGUUGCAAGUAAAACAGCAAACAGUUUUAGUAGGUUAUUUCAACAAAAUAUUCAAGUUUAUAUGUCAAAUUGUUUUGAGAUUAUGUGUUUUUUGGUUUCUGCGUGGACUGAAAAAGAAACGGAUCCAGUUGAACACGUAAGAAGGUGUUUGCAAGAGGAAGAUAUGGAGUCAACAGUAUCAGCGAUGUCCAAGCGGUCCAAAUACGAAGACGACAACACUUUGCACUGCCAGUCGAAGAAAGGUCUUGAAAAAAUAGAGGCAGUGAGAAUGAUCUUGGAGUCUAACGAUGAUGGUGAUGAGUCGGAGACGUCAGAGGAUGAAAACAGUGAUCUGGACAUUUUUUCUGAUUCAGAUUCAUUUUCUUAA